AUGGCUCUAGAUGCUCUGUCGACAGAGAUUUUGCUGACAAUCUUUGAAUAUUUAUCCCCGCUUGACCUGUACUGCGCCAUUCGUGCUUCACGAGCAAUAUAUCGUACCUUUAUCGCCUAUAAACACCAUCUUCUACACCAUACUCUCCGCGAGGCUAUUCACCCGGCAUGCCGAGCAGACACCUAUACCGCGCUGGAUGCCCAGAAUAUCCCCCGACUGAUUAGAUCCGGUGAGACCAUUGCCAAAGUGAAGCUUGAAUGCUUCUCUGUCUUCUCCAGCGACCGGAGUCGUCGACGUCAGAAUCACGAUGAGUUUAAGCUUGACGACACGAAACUUGACACGCUGUUCUCUCUCCACGUAACGAUCGAGCGUUUGAUCGAUAGCUAUUGCCUCUGGGCAACAGGGAAUUUGUCUUCUCGGGAAAAGCCAGCCCUUUUGCAGACGACGUUCACUCACCAACGAACGAACUUAUCAUUCACCGAACGAGGCCGUCUCCAGCGGGCCUUCUACCGAUGUGAAUUAUAUACAAGAUUUCAGCACGUGUUGAGUAAACUUGAUAAGGGUGCUGCUCUGAACUUCUCUCAGAUUAUUCUCAGCUUCGUUUCUCAGUUCACAUUGUAUGAAUUUGAGGAACUUGUCAGUGUUCAACAAUUCCUCGCGCAAUAUAUUAGAUCACUCUGCAAAAAGGUUGAGGAUGAUCUCUUUUCUCAUAUACAAUCUAAUUCUGUUGACGUGGGCAUCGCGCAGGGGAUCCCACUAGAUGACGCAAAGAAACCUCAAAAUGUGAGCAAAUUGCUUGACGACUGUGGUCUUUCAUUUUUCACAAAGUCAUACCGAGAGUUGUAUCUCUCGGGCCAUGUCAAACUUCUUAUAUCAUGUGGUCUACCAUACAUACUGUCCUUAGGUCUCAUGAAGCCCCAAAAACUUAAACAAGCCAUACUCAAAUUAGACAUGGAUUCUCCGGAGUCCACCGCAACUGAUUUCUUUUCCCAAGGUGGUCUUGACAUCGAUUCGUGCGGCGAGGAGCAGAAGAAUAUUCUCCUUCGCGGGAAAUUAGUCAACAUCACCCAUGACCGAAUCGAUGGUCCAAACUUGGGUUGGGUAUGGGGCUCUAGUUUCCAGGACUCCAUCAAACCUGACACUCCUGCUAUGUUUGAUCUGCGGGAUCGAGGGUAUGUCUUUUGGGACAAGGAAAGACUGGAAAAGUCUGGUCUCGUGAGUGAGCCCUUUGUUGUCCCUGUUGGGGCGAAUUAUUUCCCACUUGGUCAUCAUGAUCCCUUUGUGAGGCCGAGUGUUGAAGAGAGACUUAAUGGUUUAGAGGUUAAUCUGGAGGUUUUGAGGAAAUGGAAGGAUGAGUAG